CGCGAACAAUAAGACCAGGAGCGGAGACGAUGAUGGCGUCGAUGUUCCGAGUCGGAGGUCGAGCAGUCCGAUAGCCAUGGGCCGGGAGAGCACGACCUGCUGCGAGUCGGAUUCCGGGAUGGAGAAAGUCGCAUCCUGGGAGGUAAGGGAUGUGGAUUUUGCAAGCCAAGGAAGCGCAACAAGAGCGCGCGCUGCCAGCCGCGAAGAUGCGAAAAACGCUGAGGAUCGCCUGCUGCCGCGGAACCGUUCCUCUGCUCGCGAGACGGUGAGCUCGUACGGCGGAAAUUUGAAGAAUGGACCGCCCCCAUUCUCGCAGCGGAGCAGUCGCCGGAAUUCCGUGGCGUCAGUGACGCCGAUCGAAGGACGCGAUGACGACGUGAAUUCUGAGCGCAGCGAAACGAGCAUAUUCAUUCCCCAUCACGACGGCUCUUCCGGCGCAGGUUUCGGUAGUGGGUUUUACGGGUCCAUGAUGCAGGACCAGAUAAUGCAGACGCAGGGGAAGGCAGCCGUGACAGAAGCAGAAAAUGCGGAACAAGAGGAGAUGGCGCAGAACAACGACCACGAUGCGCAAAAGCGGGUCAGUUGCACGGCGUCUUGGGGCUUUUGGACGUGGGCGGCGGUCGUGUUGGCGACCCUAUCUAUUGUGGGUGCGCUCGCGGUGGGUAUCUUCUACCUGGUCAAGCACUUCCAGGGUAGUGGCGGAAGUGAGCAGAAGAUGCAGCUGCUCCAAAUAGCGCCCGAGUUUUCUUUCAAGGACCUGCUUCUGGCCAUAUCUGCAUCCGCUGCAGUCAACAACGGCGGGGCUCUGCAGCAGCAGGCGGCGGCUGACGUGGAUCCUGCCGCCCCCGACCAACCAGAAGCAGGUGUGCAGAGCGUACACUUUUUGGCGCCAAACAGGUCGGUGCAGGGAAAGCAGACGGCGAUGAUGCACAGAGAAGCGACAGAGAUGUCCACCGCGUUCCAACACCUCGCCCAGCACCCGCACGAGCACUACCCGGAACAUUGCAAAGUGGGGAACAACGAUCGGUUGACGCCCAACCAGAAGCUGCUUUGGAUGCGGCUGGUGAACAUGCCAAUCGGCCCACUGGAUCGGUUGGGCGCCGAAGGGCGGGAGUCUGUCAUCCGGGUGGCGGACGCUCGGAAAACGUCGCUGAAGGAGCUAAAGCAGCGACUCGAAGCCGGUCUCCGACAGCAUGUGAAGAACCUGAAGACGUUUCUGAAUUUAUUCGUCGAUGCGGCGGAGCAACAGCCGGGCGAUUUGGAGAACUACGUGGAUGCCGUGCUGGAGCGCGCCAAGAUUCCCGUUUCCGAAGUCGGUGAAAAGGCAUGCAUCGCGGAGCAUUUUCUGCGCAUGCUGCAGUUGAUUUCGGAAAAGUUUGAGCGCGAACAGCAAGGUUCUACACCACAGGGAAACGUCGACCCAGACGGACCCAACGGGGAGACGCGCACUGCCACCGUCCCCCUGCUGGCCCUCAGUUUGUGCGACGAAAGCGAGCAGCUGGAGCGGCUGUGCGAAGACGACAACGUGAAAC